CUCGGCGGCGGCGGCGGUCAGUCGGUCGAUCGUACGCGACGCACGAGGGUUGUGAGGAGUCGCGAGGAGCCGCGAGGAUUCGCGAGAGGCCGCGCACGCGACGAGGAGGGAUCGUGACCACAGCAGCCGGAUAAAAACGAUUGACGAAGAAGGCGCCGGGCGGAGAGAGAGAGAGGACGAGGAGGAUCCGCUGGAUUUUCCAUCGUCGUCGUCGUCGUCGUCUUCGUCGUUUUCGUCGUCGUCGGCGACCGCGCGAAGACGAAGUAAAUUUGAUCUCUCCUCUCGAGCGAGAGCGCCGAGAGAUCGAUCCUCGCGCGCGAAGACGACAGCUGUCAAAAGUGUGAGGCGACGGGGGGGCAAGAUAUGGUGUACGGAGGAGGAUUCGACAUGGUGGAGACAAUGCCGCAGACGGUGCCCACCGCGGCCGGCUACUCGCCGUCGUUCGACUACAGCACUUUUCAGUUCGAUUUGUCCCUCCUGCCGGACGAUUACAGCCCGACCGGCGGCGGCCAGGUCUGCCUGAAGAGCUCGCAGAUCAAGCAGGAGGCGCGCUCGCCGCGCUCGGGAUCGCCCACGACCUACCAGAGCCCGCCGUAUCCGAACGGCGAGCUGCCGCUGUCGCCCAACUACUCGCACGAGGGAUCCUCGCCGGGGUACCCGACGAGCCCCUACUACGUACCCAGGAGCCCUCAGAGCGCCCAGUUUUAUCCCACCAGCCCGGAACCGUCGGCCAAGCAGCCGGUCAAAAGGGAGAAGAGCCUCGAUCUCCUGGCCAUCCUUCAGGAAUCCAGACUCUUAGCCGAGAGUCUGGGUUACCGCGAGGACUCAACCGACUGCACGGUGCCCUGUACUCCGCCUCGCAGCGAGGAGGAUAUCUAUAACAGCCUCGACGCCGACUUCCUGCCAAAGAAGGAGGACACCGGCGUACAGGGACACCCGUUGCUCAAAGAGAUCCUCUUCAAGGAGGAGCCGCGAUCCGUUUCCAGCAGCAACGGUUCGUCGCCGUCUUCUUUGUCCUCAUCAUCGUCGCCCAGCCCCUCGAGCGAGUUCGAGGGUGGCUCGACGCUGCACGAGCUCCUCUUCAAGGGCGCUGCCCUUCGCAAAGACCUGGCGGGGAUUUCCAAGACGGGCCAGCCCAAGGUGGAGCGAGAAUCGAGGGAGGAGCUGGCGAAUCCGCUGCGAAAGGAGGAAGAGCUCUUCAAGGACGGCCAGAAGAGCGAUCAUCAGCUGCUGCGGGAGGUGCUGAGGGACACAAGUUUCCAGAGGAAGUACAAUCUGAGACCCGUCGAUCUCGGCGGCGUCGGCACCGGCUUCGUCGAGGACAUGGAGGCCGGCGAAUGCGUCGGCGACCUCGCCCGCGAGCAGCUCGAGCCGGUCCUCAGUCUGGCCAUCCAGCAACUGCAGAAGGACUUCGACAACACCUGCGUGGCGCUCGGCAUUCACCCAGAGCCCAGACGCUGGAGCGCGGCAGAUGUGGCGGCUUGGGUGCAGUGGGCCAGGCGGCAACUGCAAUUGCCCUCGGUGCCGAUGGAGAGUUUCAACGUGGACGGCGCGACGCUGGCCUCCCUCACGGAGGAGGAAUUUUGCCAGAGAGCUCCUCAGUGCGGGAGCAUGCUGCACGCACAGUUGGAGAUCUGGAAGGCCGCCGUUGAGGAGUCACCGCGGAACACUCUGGCCGCUUCCUGGAGCCCCGCGGGGGUGGUUCAAUCACCGAACGGCGCCGUAACGCCGACGGUCGGAAACGCAACGGUCAGCAUCAAGGAAUCUCCCUGCGCCGUAGAUUUCUCAGAUGACGAGGACGAGGAUUGCGCCUCCGCUCAGGGCGGCGGCAGCGGCGGCAACGGCGGCGGCAAGAUGCGCAACGGCGGCAGCCACAUCCACCUGUGGCAGUUCCUGAAGGAGCUGCUGCAGAGCCCGGGCGUUCACGGCUCCUGCAUACGCUGGCUGGACCGCAGCAAGGGGGUCUUCAAGAUCGAGGACUCGGUGCGCGUGGCGCGGCUCUGGGGCAAGCGGAAGAACCGGCCCGCGAUGAACUACGACAAGCUCAGCCGCAGCAUCCGGCAGUACUACAAGAAGGGUAUCAUGAAGAAGACGGAGCGCAGUCAGAGACUGGUAUACCAGUUCUGUCAUCCCUACUGUCUAUAAGGGAGAUUCCACCGUCUCUCCCUCCGCCUCCCGCCCCCUUCCCCGCGUUUUCCUCUUCGUACUAUGAGCCCGCGAUCACUCUCUCUUCCUGUGCGCGCAUAGGCGCCCGCGAUCUGGAAGGCGAGUGACCUGAGGAAGAGUCCAGCACAAAGAUCGAAAGGUAAAAAAAAAGGAAAAAAAAAUUAUGAUCCGCCAUGCUCGAUAUUAUCCCGUGACGAUAACGCCGAGCCACGGCCGGGUCCGCUUUUAGUACGCCCGUUUUGGGCGAUCACUUUUGCCUUAUUCUCCUCCUUUCCCGCUCCCUUUCACUUUCCCUCUCUGUCCCCUGUGUGUACGUACGCGUGUGCGUGUGUGCGUGCCUGUGCGCUCGCAUGUGUGUGUGUGUGUGUGUGAGUGUGUCUUCGAGUUUUUUUUUUUUAAUAACAUAAUGUAUAAUAAGCACGCGAUUCUCCACCGAGUCGCCCCUUCGUCUCGACGUGAGCUUUCGUCCGGAGGCGAGGACGCGAGCGGGUGGAGAGUCGCCAGAGAAAAGGGAAGAAAUGACUCUUUCCUCUCUGUUCUCACGAUCGCUUGUCGGCACCAGUCCGUCGGAUCCUCGAGCUAUCUCCGAUAACGCGCGCGACACGCCGGCGGGUCACCGCGCGAUCAGCGCGCGGAACUAUUCGCCACUGCCCGGUGCCCGCCCCGAUCGUUCCUCGGAAUCGCCGACGAAGUCUACAACAGAGACAAUCUAUUUUUUAUACCAAGAGACAAAUUUUCCAAUCGCCGCGACGCCGUUUCCUUCCGCUUCGCCGCGAGCGUACGUGGAGCGCGGAGAACGAAGAAGAAACGAAAUGUCGAGAUCCGCAGCCGCGGCAUCGCGCGGUGUCACGUGCGUUCAACGGAAGAUGAAAACAUCUUCGCGCCGACGUAAUCAUUACCUGCUCGCGGCGGGAUAAGAUUGUUAAUUACAUUUUUGCGCGAUCUCUGACACGCGCGGGGCUCGCGGAAAUAUUUUUGCUGGCGCGCGCGAAGGUGUUCAUUAAGCUGUCGAGAGUGCCUUAGACGCGCGCGGGUGGGAAUCGCGACGACGAAGGACGUUUUCGAGCCGCGGAGGAUUCCCAGUCGGAGCCAUGGUAUAACUAGCGUGCUCGCACUGUCAUUUGUUUCGUUUUGCGUCGAUCCACUUUGCGCAUCCCGACACAUUGUUGGUCCAGCCAAUGAGAGGAAAACGUUGUGUGUGCGGUGGUGUAUCAGAGAGCUGCGCUACCACACACGCGCCACUGGAUUUGGACCGAAGACAUGGCGGAAUACCACGCGAUCGGGGCCAGGUGUAACAUUCCACUCGUGUAAACGCGCACGCGUGACCAAUCGGAAAUUUGCCCCAAACCUUGAAGCUGCAAAUCAUCGCGGUUGAACGUAGCAAGAACCGAUGAACAAUUUGUCCCAAAAACUGGUUACGUGCGCAAUGUUUCACCUUGAUCGGGACCGAAAAGAUCGAAGGGGCCGACAGAGAGUGAACGAACUAGUUAUAUUAUGGUCGUCGCGUAGCGUCGCGGGAAAUUCUACUCUGAGUCACGAGGAUCCUCCGUUCGGGCGAGAAAGGGAACAGUUUUACGGCGAUCGCGUUGCGCUCGAGGCGUCUCAGACGCGCGGCUGGUGCUGGUGAUUUUGGUCCUAUAUAUCUAUGAUAUAUUAAAUACUGUAUGUUCCAUGAACGAUUAGGCUUUAAGGCAAAUUAGCUGCGUAAGCGUACCGGGGGCUCACGUGAGUCACCCUUAGGUUACUCCAAGAGAUUUCCUCUUUCUUUCCUCUCUUCUCCUCUCGCGCUCUCGCACCUUCUUACUGCGGCGAUCGCGUCGAUCUUUCACGCUCGUAUAGCUCGCAAGCGGCACCUGACGCGUUUUUGCAUCUCGUCUUUCUUUUCAUCGCUUGCACGUUAUUCGUGUUUAGUGAGUUCGGAUUAACUUUCGAAUUAACUGCAUUACUUCAUUUUUCCAUGCAAAUUAUCGGGAAAUGGGAGGGGGGGGGGGGUUCACGUAUCAUUCUCCAUCGCUUUCUCUUUAUAACAUACGUCCUUCGGAUAUUUUAGUAACCGCUUGCUCGCGACUUUGAGUUACGCAUAUGAAAUACAAUUAAUAUAGAAUUUGGCGAAUUUCGACGUAGUUAAGCGUAAGUAUUUUACUAACGUGUCCACGUUCGCUCACCAAUCGGUUGUAUAUAUACAGACAAUGUAUGCAGGCAUUACCAUUUUAUGUAUUCGUUAAUUUUAUUUAUUUAAUCGAGUCUGUUUUAUAGUUGAGACAAUGGUACGAUUUUGCCGUGUAACGUUGGAAGCGUGGCGUCCCGUUGAUGCCGAUUCUGUGACUGAUAUCGGUACCGUUUCAGUUCGCUCGUGCAAAUUUCACGGACUCAACGUCGGAGAUUAUUACUGCUGCUGUUUCUCGGUCGUGCGAAAGUGCAAUCGAUGAAUAGUGCAAUUACGUCUGUGCGUCUGUUAACAUUGGACUUGAAUCAGCGCGCUUUGGCUGCGCGACGUCUAUUGUUCCGAAUCGCAAUAAAUAGAAUAGGUAAACCACGUGGUCGUUGGCACGGGAAGGUUGAAAAAUCGAUCUGCAUUUGUUUCUUGACAUUUUACAAAGUAAGACAAAUGUACCAGUGAAUAAUAAGAAAGCAUGAUCAGCUACAAAUUUUUAUUCAUUAAGUAGUUAACACAAUCACUAACGAAACUAACGUUUGUAUAAAACUUUUCGUCGAUCGAGAAAUAAUGGGAAAUAAAAUAAUCAAUAAUAAUAUCAAUUAUAAUUUUAACAAGAUGUUAAGCGCGGUAGUUAUUGAAUUGAAAAACUAAUCAUGUCGUAAUGCGCUCAAUGAUUAUAUGCUCAUUAGAUAAUAUUUUUAAUUGGCAUAUCUUUUAACAGAAUUUUAAAAGCUUUUUUAGAAAUUCGGAAAUUUUAAAUACAAGUAUAUAAUUAAUGUUUUAAUCAUUGGAACAUGUUCGAUCACUGGGACAUUUAUCUUAUUCGCGAGGACCAACUAUUUUUUAUUUAAAAAAAGCAAGAUUUAGUCGACCUUAACUGGCCAAUGUUUAAUAUAAUAAAAAUAUAUAAUACGACGUUUCGACCUUCGGGUUUAGGCCCUUCUCAAGCAAAAUCUUAACGAAUGAUCGAGCCACUGCGAUACGAAGUCAUUUGGUAAAAGUUAGAAAGAAAGAGAGUGAGUCAUAAUUAUAAAAUAACGGGAGCAAAGUUAAAGAUGUACGCAGUAUUCAAAGGCUGGAGAAUGACUAUUGUUUUAUUGUUUUGCCCGCGUAAUGGCCCGCGAGUUGAACGCUUUGACUCGAGCUGACACUUGCGACAAGGGAUCACCUUUUAACGAUGACGCGCGGGCUGCUGAAGAAUUCAAGUCCCUUGUUUCGAAAGCAGAAUUUAAAGCCAAAGAACAUGGCGGCGCGAACGAGCGAAUGCCAGAUCUGUCUGGAACCAGGCCUAUCGAGGAAAUGAAUUUGCUCGCGUAAUUAGAUCGUAGCGCGCUUCCACGGCUGCUGGAUUUCUACGACGCGAUACAUUUUUUUUUAUGCGGCCUGGCAUGGAACGCUCGUCAAAUCGGAAGUAGACCGAGGCGGGACUCAAAACACUAUUGUUUUAUGCGUAUAAAUUAAAAUUGAGAGAAAUAUUGCAGAUUAUACUGAGAAACAGCGUUCGGAUUUAUUUUAUUUGCGACUUUGAUUUUCCGGCAUACAAUCGUCUUAAGCUAUCAUCUUAUCACAAGUUCAAAACGAUAAGUGAAGUCUUUUUCCAACUUCACAAAACUAUAUAAAUGCACAGAAAAUGUCUUUUAUCCUCCUGAACGAAACGAUCCAGGCUUUUGCGUGAUCGUUAAAAGUCUUUAUAUUUAAGAUCGUCUGCGGUCCGUUUCUGUGCCAGGUUUCAUCUCAUUCUGUGAGUUUAACGGUAGUCGGUUCGUCAAUUCCGCGAUAAAGCGCAAGGGAGACCCGAAAGCGGGAAGGCAGGGAAUUUAUCCUCGAUAGCUGCACAAUAACGGAAAGGAAGAAUGCAGUUCGUUGACACGGGCAAAACCAAGGAGCGCGGUUAAUUUUGCAGCUAGGCAGAGAGGCGGGAGAUGAUAAGAUCAGGCGAAACGACGCGAGUAACAUCCGAUAGAUCCCAAUUGCGCGACGACAUCACAAAGCGGCCAUUGUUGCGUAUAACCGACUGUUUAUUUAUUAAAUUAUUAAUUUGCUAAGGUAGAAUCGUAAGACUAGAGAUAACGCGAAUAUUUUUUAAAUACAACGCGUUUACCAACAGACGUAUUUUUCGUUUAAAAGUCAAAAUAGCCUCUCGACAAGACGUUGAUAUUUCUUGUGGUACAAGUAUAUAAUUGAGAAAUUAGGAUCUGUCGAAACCAACCGUAGGAUUUCGAUGAGAAUAACGGAGGCUUCAACUGGAAUUAUUUUCAAGUAGACUUUAUUUUCGCAGAAUCUCACGCAAUUUGAAGUUGAUAAAAAAAACCUUUCCCCGUUCACCAAAUACGUCCGUUGUUAAGCGUCACAUAUAUGUAUAAGGGAUACACGUUGUCGUUAUCGAAUCGUUACGAGAUUACUAAUGUUGGAGUUUAUUGGAACCGGUGGAGUUCACUUAUCUUACUGAGAGAAAGCGACGAAAAGUGGCUUAGUGAGAGAAAAUCGUGCUUCCAUUUUCCCAGUGAUUUUUGGCAAGAUAUUUCGGUAUAUAUUUACUUACGUGCGUGCGCGUUAAAAAUUUCUUGUAAAUAUUUACGACGAGAGAGUAUAUCUUUUUGUAGCCGAUAACCAUACGAUUAAGGCGUUACUGGUUUUAUAUGAGCAGAGAUUUAAUUAGAAUUAAGCGUUGAUUUUCUACGUAACCGCGGUCUUGCUCCGCAAGACAUUUUGUUAUGCAUAUAUAUUAUAUAUAUUUAUAUACUCAUGUUCGACUGUUCUAAUGAGAUUAGGAUGGAUAUGGCGAGUAGACGUGGCAAUAAUCGUAGUCAAGGCUGUUCUCAAAGCACGCCGGUAAAUUGGCAUACGAGAGAACAAUGCUAUCGGAAGUCUGUUGCGUGGUUCGAAGACAGAUUAAUGUCGAUUAUAAGCGACGGCGACUGGAACGCUUGAUACAUUUCGCACGUGGACUGAGGUAAGCCUCGACGAAAGCAAUAAUAUUAUUAUUAACGAAAAAAAAUAUAUAUAUACACAUAUAUAUUUUAUUACGACGAUAUUUUUGCUGCCGAUAUUCGGAGCGAGUUACUAACACGAAGCAGAGAGAAGUAAAACGGAAUAAAAAAAAUGUCACGAAG